UUCCAGUCAAGUGGAAGUGCCGUCUCACUUGUCGUCACCCGAUGGCCGUUUCACUGCAACUGAGAGCGUCAUUCGAAGUCUCAUCGCUUUACCUACAAUCUGACAACACCGCCGUGUUCGUCGAUCCGUCAUGCGAGUGGCUGCGCUGCGUGUGGGACCUCGUACAGCGCGGACGCUCCUCCAUCAGUCUCAGAACGGCAACCGACCGUUACAUCAGCCGGAUAGACGACGCAGUAGGCUUGUCGAGCGAUCUAGACUCCGCCGCCGUGUUUGACGUCCUCACACGUCGCGACGGUACGUGGGACUUCCGUCUGGCUGAUGGAAAAGUGUUGUCAGUCAACACCCAUGAGAGAUCUCUCCACUGGUCGGACGGUAGCCAUGAAGAGAGCGCCAGCUGGACUGUCCAUCUCGCCUCCAUACCAACAGUCAAUAUGCGCAAUGCGAGCACGAAGCGUUAUUUGUGUCUCGAGGAGAGCGAGUUGAGGGUGAGUAAGGAUGUGGCGUGGGGAGCAGAGGCGGUCGUGACGCUCGAGGAAGUGGCUGGUCAGUAUGCCAUCAGGACGUGCAGUCACGAGUAUCUGGAUCAGAGCGGAAGUCUUGUCGAGGAGCCGACCGAGAGUAGUUUGUUUGGUCUUGUUGUCAAGGGUGGCAGAGUGGCGUUUCAAGCCGUGGACGGCACGUUUCUCUCGGCUGGUGGUCCGUCCAGCAGCUUGGCAUCUCGUCGAGACAAACUAGAUCGCGAUGGGUUGUUCAUACUCGAGACGAGUCGACCACAGGUCACCCUGACGAGCCACUCGGAUGACCUCAAGGUCGCUUUUUACGAGACCAGAGGGGAUAUUGUUGCUGAUCAAGACAAGACGGACGACGCAGUUUGUUUUCAAUUGGAGAGUAAGUGUAGUGGGAGUGACAGUCUGUGGUACAUCAGGACGCAUCAUAACAAACUAUGGCAGUUAGUGGAACGAAGCAAUGCAAUCAGAGCCGAAACAGAAGAGAAAUCGGAAGCUGCUGAAUUUCAACUAGAAACGAUGGAUGACAGAACCGUGUUAAAGUCGGCGAAAAACGGGAAAUAUGUUGUAGUGAAAUCCAACGGGCAUCUGCAGGCUUCGUGCGAUGAGCCAACAGAAGAGAGCCAGUUUGUGCUCGAGCUGGUUAAUCGGCCGGCUAUUGUGCUGCAAGGUCCAAGCGGGUUUGUCAAUCAGGGUGACGAGCAAGCGGCGCUAACUUGUCGUAGUUUGACUUCUGAGGUGUUUCGGCUUGAGAGUCGGCAUGGAAGGUAUUCACUGUCGACUGACGAUGAGAAGUAUUGGUCGUUGUCGGACGAUGGGGAUCACGUUGAAGCGGAGAGUAUCGUCCCGGUGGCGUUUCGUAUUCGGUUUGUGUCUGAGACACGGUUUAUCAUUCAAACGACUGACAACUCGUUUCUUUGUCAUUCGAAUGACACGGAUGUUAUGAUCACUGCCAAAGAAGUCGAGGCUGGUAAUGGUCAGUGGAACUAUGCAGGGACGAACGUUGCCGUUCAUGGUCGUGUGACACCAUCACCAUCUCCUCUGCCACCUCGACGUCAAAUCAAACAAGAACAAGAGCAACAACCAUUGCCACCAUCGCCUGGUCCACAGAAGCCACCAGAGCAGCCUAAAGGUGGAGGACGGUGUGUAAUCUUAUGAUGUGGUGCUUAGGGUUAUGAGUGAUGUGAACAUUGAAAUGAAUUGUGUGCCAUGAAUUGAUAGCUUUUAUUACCUGAUUGGAGAACAGAAUCUAGCAUUUGCAUUUGUCGUGUUUAUCAUAGUCUUUAUGGUUUACCAAAGCAUAUGAAUUGAAGCAUUUAGUAAAGAGGCAAGGAACUG